AUCCAAUAAUAGGCGAAACCGGGAGCAAGAAAUUGAAGAUUGCAACCUGCGAAAAUGGGCAUUUCCAAGUUUAAACGUAGCCGCCUAACGUCAGCACAGCAAAACAAGCCGCACAUUACACCCUGCCACCCCCACACCCUGCCACCCCACCCCGCGCCGUUUCUCCUUUUGGUUUGCUGAUGCUCUCGACGCGUUCUGGCCCUAUUCAUCUCCUCUUCAAUUCCCCACGACAGCCCAAGCUUUUCAAGAAAACUUUCAGUGGUACGGAAUGAGGGACACUGAGCUUAGAUCACAUACUGUAAGACCCCAUGGUGUUACAGUUGCAAGGACACACAUGCACGACUGGGUGAUACUGAUUCUUCUUCUAGUAAUAGAGUUAAUGAUGUACUUAAUCCAUCCAUUUUACCGAUUUGUUGGUCAAGAUAUGAUGUCAGAUCUGAAAUAUCCUAUGAAAAGUAAUACUGUUCCAUCAUGGGCUGUUCCAAUGUAUUCUGUUCUGCUGCCCAUAGCCAUUUUCUUGAUUGUCUAUUUUCGUAGAAGAGAAGUCUAUGACCUUCAUCAUGCUGUACUAGGUAUCUUAUUCUCUGUGCUGAUAACAGCAGUCAUUACAGAUGCAAUAAAAAAUGCAGUUGGUCGACCUCGCCCAGACUUCUUUUGGCGUUGUUUUCCUGAUGGAAAGGAUGUGUAUGAUCAAUGGAGAAAUGUUGUAUGUCAUGGUGAGCAAAGAAUCAUAGAUGCAGGGCAUAAGAGUUUUCCAAGUGGGCAUACUUCUUGGUCCUUCGCUGGUCUGGGUUUUCUAUCACUAUAUUUAUCAGGAAAAAUAAAGGCAUUUGAUCGUAGAGGUCAUGUUGCAAAGCUAUGCAUUGUUUUUCUCCCUCUUCUUGUUGCAUCUCUUGUUGGUAUUUCUCGAGUGGAUGACUAUCGGCACCAUUGGCAGGAUGUAUUUGCUGGAGGUCUCUUAGGGCUGGUGGUGACAACAUUCUGUUACUUGCAAUUCUUCCCACCCCCAUAUCAUGCUGAAGGCUGGGGUCCUUAUGCGUACUUUCAGGCGUUGGAGGCAUCACACGCACCUGCAGAAGCUGCUCAUGCUGCGUAUGCACACAGUGAACAUAACGAGGAUGAACAAGUUGAGAACCAACGAACAUUAGAAGAAAUGGAAUCAUGAAGGAGAUAGAUUACUUUUUUCAGUUUAAAAACCUGUCCAGCAUGUUCUAACCAGGAAGAGGGACUCAUACGCUUGCCCAUGUAAAUUUACAUGCUAUACCUUUGAAAGCUUGAUAUGCAUUAUUGAUUCACAACGUAAUAGCUUUACCUUUUAGGUUGAGUGGUGUUCUAA